AUGAAGGCAACGGAAGAGGCGAAAGAAGCCGGAGCUCUUCUUUCCUACGAUCCAAAUCUCAGGGAACCUCUUUGGCCAUCACCUGAAGAAGCUAGGACUCAGAUCAUGAGCAUAUGGGACAAGGCUGAUAUCAUUAAGCUCUUACUUGUUACUCUCGGUGAAAAGGGAUGUCGUUACUACACUAAGGAUUUCCAUGGAUCUGUUGAAACUUUCCAUGUUGACGCUGUGGAUACUACUGGAGCUGGUGAUUCUUUUGUUGGCGCGCUUCUAAACCAGAUUGUUGAUGAUCAAUCUGUACUCGAGGAGGAAGAGAGAUUGAGAAAAGUGCUUAGAAUUGCAAAUGCUUGUGGAGCAAUCACGACGACUAAAAAGGGAGCCAUUCCUGCUCUUCCUACAGAUUGUGAAGCUCUCAGCUUUCUUAAGAGACAAGUAGAACAGUAA